UACUCCGGACAUAAAUAGUAUACGAUCCCCAGACUCAGGAAUGUUUAUCUUCUCAUCUCCACCUCAUCCACUAUUCUUCAUAACAGCGCCCUUCAUGCAGGAUGACCAAGAACUGGCCCGGCUGGGCAAGAAACAAGCGCUGACGCGCCGCUUCGGCUUCUGGUCGCUGUUUGGAUUCGCCGUGUGCGAGCUGAUAACAUGGGAGACGGUGCUGGCGCUGUUCAGCGAAGCCCUCUACAACGGCGGCCCCAGCGGAAUGGUGUACGGCUUCGUGCUGGCGUGGGCGUCAACCCUGUCCGUGUACACGGUGAUCAGCGAGCUGGCGUCGCUGGCGCCCAUUGCCGCCGGACAGUACUACUGGGCGUAUAUCUUGUCGCCGGCGAGGGCACGCGUGUUUGUGAGCUACCUGAUCGGCUGGUUGACUUCUCUGGCGUGGAUUGCGACGGUGGCGACCGAGUCGUUGUUUGCGGGCACCAUGCUGCAGGGCCUGCUGGUGCUGAGCUACGACUCGUACGUGCCGACGGACUGGCAGGCGACGCUGCUGACCUGGAUGGUGAUUAUGGUGUCGGUGUUUAUCAACACGGUGAUUCCGACGUGGCUGCCCCGGCUGGAGAUCGCGACGGUGGUGUUUCACCUGGCCGGGUUUGUCGCCGUGCUGGCCACGCUGUGGGUGUGUACGCCCUCGCACCGCGACGCGAGCUGGGUGUUUACCGCGAGCAGGAACGGCGGCGGCUGGUCGUCCCUCGGGAUAAGUUAUUGUGUCGGCUUCAUGGGCAACGUGGCGACCUUUGUCGGCGCCGACGCCAGCGUCCAUCUCGCCGAGGAGGUCUCGCACCCGGCGGAGACCAUUCCGCGCGUCAUCACGGCGAGUAUGCUGCUCAACGGCGUCGUCGGGUUCGUCAUGGUGCUCGCCGUGGCGUUCUGCCUCAGCGCUGAUGUCUCCGCCGUGCUCGACUCCUCGACGGGGUUCCCAUUCCUGCAGGUGUUUGCCGACUCGCUUCCCGCCUCGCGCGCGGGCGCCGUUGUUCUCGGCGCCGUGGUGCUGCUGCUCACCUGGGCGUGUGCCAACGGGAUCACCACGUCGGCGUCGCGCAUGACCUGGGCGUUUGCCCGCGACAGUGGCGUCCCCUUUGCGCAGUAUAUCCGUCGCGUGCAUCCGCGCCACCACAUCCCCAUCAUCGCCGUCGGCGUCGUCGCCACCUUUGCCUGUCUGCUGUCGUUGAUCUACAUCGGCUCCCCGACGGUGUUCAACGACGUCAUCUCUUUGACUGUCGCGGGCUUCUACGGCUCGUAUCUCGUUCCCGCGGCGUUACUCCUGUACCAUCGCGUGCGGGGGAACAUCCUCCCGCACAAUGCUGUUGUCGAAGCAGUCGACGUUCCAGACACAGUCACCCCUAAGAAGGAAGAACAGACAACAGUAGGCUUGGAAAACACUGCUCAAGAGACAGAGGAAGAGACAGCAGGACCAAAUGAAGGCUCCAAUCUCAUCGCGUACGCCCCCGGCCAGCUGUACUGGGGCCCCUGGCACCUGCCGGGCAUCUGGGGCACGCUCAACAACGCCUAUGCGUGCGCGUACAUGGUGUUUGUGAUCUUCUGGUCCGCCUGGCCGGUCGCCACGCCCGUCAGCCCCGCGACCAUGAACUACGGCAUGCUGGUCACCGUGUCGGUUCUUCUCUUCAGUCUGGUGUGGUAUGUUUUCCGGGGGAGACGGUAUUACCGUGGGCCGUUGGUUGAGAGGGAAGUUCUCGCCGAUGCGGGGGUGGUAUAGUCGGAGCAUAAGUCUCCUCAUGUGGUAUGAUGGUUAUGAUAUAAUUCAUUUACCUAAUGAAAUCUCCUCGGCAGUUCUCAGCCAAGGCCGGCAUCCCGAGACUUUAUUCAUC